CAAAUACGUGGAUCGGGCGUAUUUUUUCCUCGUUAUUCUCGUUUUAUUCACAGAAAAUUAGUUGAAAUGUCUCAAAAGUGCUUAGAAUAGACCAAAAACUUCAACGAAACAUUAUCCAGGAGAUCAACAGAGCUGUGAUUUACAUUUAAUUGUAUCCAUUAUCGGCCAAAAAUCAAAAGCGAGAAAUCAAAAAUGCAAAUUCCGUCACUGUCGAUGGUCUUAUCAGGCGUCUUUUUGGCGUACAUUGCUCACUCGAUUUACACGCUGGCUCAACUGUUCAAGUCUCCCUCAUGCAGCAGUUCACCGUGUUACACGUCAUAUCUCGCCAAUAACCCAAAAUUGCAGUUGUUGCUCUUCACAUCGACGACAAGCAACCCAAUUGCCAGUGAAGUAACGAACGUUUUGGUUUUGCGAGGCUUCAACUAUCUCGAGCCGGUACAAAAAUCCGUCGAUAUCGAUAUUCCAUUGAAGACACGACGUAACGGAACGCUGUUUUUGCACGCUGUGCUCGCUGCUGACGAUGGCAAAGCCGUCGAUUGGCGCGAACUCAAACGCGAUGGACCAACGGUGCUUCAACGCAUUGCUCUAACGAACUACAUGAUCCCCAAAGCGGCCACUUUCAACUUACUUUCGUCGUCUGAGACUGAGAAACCGUCCAAAAAAGCAUCCGCAACCACCAAAAGUGUCAAACCUGUGACGCAUAUCAAGCGAAAAAUACACAUCACGAUUCUCACGGACCUCAUAUCGAUGUCGCAGGAAGAUAUCCCGCCGGAAAUGGCUCAACUGAUACGCGUUAGUUACAAAAAGGAGUUUUUGCCAAUAAUUCAAAACGACUUUUUACGUACCCGGCUGUCAGAUUUCGAUGAAGUGACGAAAAAUAGCACCAAAUUGUCGCUCGAGUUCAAUUAUUCGCCCAUUAGUUUCGGAAAAUUACGAUUAAUUUUGCACGUGGAGCACGCAAUGCGCUCGCUGGCUCACAUGGGAUUCACGGAGAAGGACAUCGACGAGGUCAAGGGAAUUUUUAGUGAUACGAAUGUUUAUUUGUUGUGCGGUACCGUGAUGAUUGCCAGUGUUCACAUGCUUUUCGACUUUUUGUCCUUUAAAAAUGACGUCAUUUUCUGGAAAAAGAAGAAAAGUUACGCGGGGUUGAGUGUGCGAACGACAAUUUGGCGCGCCUUUUCACAAAUUGUGAUCUUCAUGUAUUUGUUGGACGAGAGCACGUCGUUGCUCGUACUUGUACCUGCGGGCAUUGGAACCUUGAUCGAGUUGUGGAAGUCAAAAAAGAUCCUGAAACUGAACAUUGGCUUUGGGGGCAUCACGAAAAAAUCGGAUGCGAAUGACAGUGAGACUUUGAAGAAGGCUGAAUCGUACACGAGACAGGUGGAUAAGGAAGCAAUGCGAUAUUUGAGUUAUUUGUUGUAUCCGUUGUGCAUUGGAGGUGCCGUUUAUUCGUUAAUUUAUCAACCGCAUAAGAGUUGGUAUUCCUGGACAAUAAAUUCCCUCGUUAACGGCGUUUAUGCCUUCGGUUUCCUCUUCAUGCUCCCGCAGCUGUUCAUCAACUACAAGCUCAAGUCGGUUGCGGCACUACCUUGGCGGGCAUUCAUGUACAAAGCGUUCAACACCUUCAUCGAUGACAUUUUUGCCUUCAUCAUCACCAUGCCGACGGCUCAUCGGGUCGCUUGUUUCCGCGACGACAUCGUUUUUCUCAUUUAUUUGUAUCAGCGAUGGUUAUACCCGGUCGACAAGAAUCGCAUUGACGAAGGAACUCAUAUGGCGGAGGAUGAAACGGAAGAAGUGACACACAACGAUAAUGACAAGAAAGACAAAUAAUAAAAAGCUAUCGACGAUCUUUAACAUUCCAAUCACACAUUAAAAAUAUUUAAUUAAAUUCAUUUUUUGAAUAAAGACGAA